CCUGCACCCAAAAAAAAGCAGGGAUGCCCGUUUCUGUGGUUUUCCUAUGGUUUGCUGUAGUCUGUGAGGAAGGAGAGAACCAUCAGACAGGAUCCCCAACCCCAAUGUUUCAGCCUCAUUUCAGAUUAUUUGUAGAGGAGGGGAUAUCAUUGCAUUCUUCCACUGGCUGUGCUGGCUGGGGCAGAGGGGAGUUGGGACCCCUAAAUCGCAAGUCUUCUCCAGCAAUCUCCAGAAUGCCUAGCAAUGACUUUUGAUUCCCAUUGGAUUUGUGGAGGAUGACUCUGAAUAAUCUGAGAACUCAGGAAUAUCUGCUACUGUGUUCUGUGCCAAGAGUGGGCAACCUCUGACCCUUCAAAUGCAUUGGCCUACAACCUCGACAUUUCCCCACCAUUGCAGGUUUCACACUUUUCUUAGAUCUCGAGGAGGAUUUGGAGAAUCUCUGCAGAGGUUAUUGUUGCAGGCUAUUGAACCUGAUUCAGAAGAUAUAUAUUUCCAGGUUUGCUGGUAUGGGUAAUCUUCUUAAGGUCCUUACCAGGGAAAUUGAAAACUACCCACAUUUUUUCCUGGAUUUUGAAAGAACCAAAUGGGGAACCUUUUAAAAGUUCUCACUUGCACAGAGUUUGAUCAAGGGCCAAAUUUUUUCCUUGACUUUGAAAAUGCUCAGCCUACAGAUGGAGAAAGGGAAGUAUGGAACCAGGUCAAUGCCGUCUUGCAGGAUUCAGAAAGCAUGCUUUCAGACCUACAGUCUUACAAAGGAGCGGGACAAGAGAUAAGAGAUGCAAUACAAAACCCAAAUGAUAUCCAGCUUCAGGAGAGAGCCUGGAAUUCAGUGUGCCCUCUGGUUGUGAGGCUGAAGCGGUUCUAUGAAUUUUCCCUCAGACUAGAGAAAGCACUGCAGAGCUUACUGGAGUCCUUGACUUGUCCCCCCUACACACCAACUCAGCACUUGGAGCGAGAGCAAGCCCUAGCAAAGCAGUUUGCAGAAAUCCUGCAUUUUACUCUUCGCUUCGAUGAGCUAAAGAUGAGAAACCCAGCAAUUCAGAAUGACUUCAGCUAUUAUAGAAGGACAUUAAGUCGCAACAGAAUAAACAAUAUGCAUCUCGACAUUGAGAGUGAAGUGAACAACGAGAUGGCUAAUAGAAUGUCCCUAUUUUAUGCAGAAGCUACACCAGUGCUGAAAACUCUGAGCAAUGCUACCACAUGUUUUGUAGCCGAAAACAAAACUUUGCCAAUUGAGAAUACAACAGAUUGCCUAAGUACAAUGGCCAGUGUAUGUAAAGUCAUGCUGGAAACACCAGAAUACAGAAGUAGGUUCACCAGUGAAGAAACACUGAUGUUCUGCAUGCGAGUAAUGGUUGGUGUUAUUAUUCUGUAUGACCACGUCCAUCCUGUGGGAGCUUUCUCCAAGGCUUCAAAGAUAGAUAUGAAGGGUUGCAUAAAGGUUUUACGGGAACAGCCACCAGACACGGUUGAAGGGCUUUUGAAUGCUCUCAGGUUUACCACGAAACACCUGAAUGAUGAAUCUACUUCAAAACAAGUUCGAGCUAUGCUUCAGUAGUGCACUCCUUUGACAAAUGGACUUUUGUAUUCUUUAGAGAAGAUGUUUGUUUACAUAAUUUAAUAGUGUGUGGUGUUACUACAUAUGCGUAAUUUACACGAUAUAACAACUGGUUUCUUCCUGUUGUUGCAGUAUGUGGAAUUGUAUCAAUAACAUGACUGACUCCAUAUGGUGCAGCAUCUACCUAUAUGCUAGUCUUACCAUUCAACAGUUCAGAAAGGUACCUUUAAUUUGAAUGUACACAUAACAACAUUGUCUAUGUGCCUUGCUUUUAUUGUUGGUUGGAUGGUCCCUUUGUAUGUGGAGGUAUGCAGUAAUUUUGUUGUGGCCUCUGGGCAAUUCCACAAAUGGGCAUGUAUUUGUGAAGACCUUGGGGUGGCCCCUUGAACAGGUCUGAUAGGACUCGUCCAUUCCCCCUUCAGCUAGAGAGUUUUAUUCUGUUCAGGGUAUGCACUGAUGAGGAGCAGUGGGCAUGUUCCAGCCAUCAAUAGAAAUCAGCAUACUCCAUGUGUGCCAUCUUGGAGCCUUCCUUUUGUGGAGAUGGGUGGAGAGUCUCCCUUUCCUGGCAGCUUUAGCACUGAGACCUCCAUCUAAAGUUCUAAAAUUGUGUUUAAAUGUAGGUAGUUUUAUGUCUGCAAAGUGAAAUACAAGUGAGUGACAUAAACCAGCCUUCCCCAAAUGGAUGUCUUCCAGAUGCAUCCACUAGUCAGCACUGCUGGUUGGGGGCAUGUUGGAGAUGUAGACCAGCCAGUCUGGUAGGCAUCAGAUCAGAGAGGCCCCAGUUCAGACAUAAAUUAUGAGAAGAGAUGUGCAGGCCUUGGGCUAGUGCACUUUGUCCUUGCACCAAUCUCCCUCCCUGGCGUGUCACAAUUCAACACAUCUGAGAUUAAUUUUCUGUAGUUGCCCAUUGCAGCCAAACUGGGGAGUGGUGUUGAUCAAGACUGGGACAGGUUCAGCUCUUAAAUCGACCUCUGACUGAAGGAAGAAGGGGGCAGUGCAAGAACAGUGUGAAUUGGCACCAGGGCCAUACAUAUCUUGACUUCCCACGCUGAGGUACCUGCAUGUCUGAAUGAAGCCAACAUGUGGGACUGUGCAGAGGACCAAUGAGAAAUAGGCAAUGCUAUUGUAUAUACCUUUGCCUGGUUUUGUAUGCUUCUAAUUAUACCAAUGGCACUGAGAGUGGCUUUGUUGUGUGUGGCAUUCUUGCCUUGUUUCCUUCAUGCUUCUCUCUGCUGCUCAGAGAGCUGGGAGUAUGGUGGGGGAUACUGCUCUUACUUUUUAACAGCAUAGCAUACCAGCGCCGAGUGUUAACAUUUGUGCCAUUCUUUUUCCACCGUGAAAAUCUGUGACUGCAGGUUUAGAUUUAGCCUUCACCUUGGUUGUCCACUGAAGAAUCUAGGAGACUGGAAGAGUUCCUCAAAGUAUUGUUACUUUUGACCCCAUAUUACGGGUUCAUUUAGCAGGAGCUUCCCAUUAACUUAUUGGAGCAACUUCAAGCUCCAGUUCAGUCACCUCUGCUCAUUGCUUUAAUGUUGUGAGUUGCCCUUAGGAUUGCUUUGUUGAGCCACCCGCAGGAUAAAAUAAAGAAUAAGCAGAUUUCUGUUUUUCAGCUGCUUUAUUUGACAGGGGCAGGUCAAGUCCCAGAUAUAUCUCUGGGUUGCUGCCACGUGAAAGGACUGGGUUAGUAGAGAACUGCAUAGAAAGCUUCCAUAAAACCAGCUCACUGCAUGAUUUGAAGCAGGCGGUGACUAUUCACUUCAUACUCCGAAUUCUCUCGUUUUUCUUGGUUGCACUGCUGUGGCUCAAGCCCAUGCACUUAUGGAAAGGAAGCUGUUCUGAAAGUGUACUUGUGUGAUUCUCUUUCCUAGCAACCACUAUGCCACAAAGAUAGCAUAAUUUUGUAAGCCACCUUGAAUAUUUUAAUAAGUUGGUUCAUAAAUAUCUGAUUAAAUAAACAAAUUUAGGUUUCUCUUUGCUGCUGUGGUAUUUGAAGGUGCAUUGCUAACAAACAAAACCCAGACAUAGUAAUCUCCAUUCACAUACAUACACCAUCUCUGUAGUAUGGGGAGAAACAUCUGGAUAAAAAUAUUCUGAAAACGCACACAUUUUCAGUCAUCUUUCCAUGAGCCCCAAAAUUAUAUAUACCAUCUUGCAGUAGAAAAUAGGUUUGAUAUGUGUUGUAGCUGCUAAUAAUUGACCAUUUCUUUGAAUGUUCGUGCUAUAAAGGCACAAGACUGCAGGUUUCAUUGCAGGUGAGAAAAUUCACCACUUAAGCUAAGAAGCAAGAUGUAGACUACAUAAAUCAAACCACUUAGCACAACAUUGAUUUCCUCAAUAUUUGCGUAUAAUGGCAGUUGUAUGCUGUCCUGCCAAAUGGUAGUAAUAGAUGCUUAGUCAAUAGUAAAGAAUAAGAAUACAAGAAGAAAUGGUUUCAUUGUGUAGGAGCUAACUUGCUUACAAGAAUGUCAUUAAAUUCCAUUUACUGCUGCAUUCAGCUGUUGGCCACUGGUUGAAAUGUGAGAGUAAUAUUUCAGUUCCUGGCUGUCCAAAGUCUCCAGAUGUGAUGCUUCCAAGAAGCAAAGAUUCUUUUCUGAGCUGCGUUUGUUUCAUUACCCACAACAGUCCCCACUCAAGGAAUAUGGAACAUUUCACCAGUUUCUCUUUUGAAUGUGUCUUCUGUGAUCAGCAGCAGCUGUAAAUGGAUUUGUUUAUAGGAUUUCUUAAAUUUUAAUGCUAACUUGGCGUAUGGAAAGUGAAUAUAUGAUAUUCAUAUUUAUUAGACCUUGUACAGCAAUAGUGUAGACUCUAUUAGACCUUUUCUGGCCCACAAAAGUUACCUAUCUGGCUGACAGAAUGUUGGACUUGAUCCUCAGAUUCUGUCCUCUCCACUUCCGAAGACUGACCUCUCUCCCCUUUUGGGGAAGGAGUUGGUGAGAAGAAUCCCUAGAGUUAUGUCGUACCUUUUUUGGGAGAUGAAGUGGGUAUCCCAUUAUGAGCUGCUACCUUAAAUAGAUUUGUGACAGUAUUAUAAACUUUGAUUAAUUGAUUCAUGCCAGGAGAGGAUAAGCAGCAUGGCGGGGAAGUUAUGCUUAAUCUCCAAGUCUGGUCAAAGAUCAGAGAUGGCAUUUCUCUUAGCCAAGCAGGAUGGCUGAGUACCAGUCAGGCAAUGUAACUCAGGUCACAAAGCAUUCGUACCCCUGAUCUCAUUUGGCCUAUGGAGCUUGGGGCGGGGGUUCAUCUGCAUCCCCAAAAUACAGUUCCCUACCCUCUACUGCAUAAUUUGCUGUGUGUGUUUGUGUAGUUUUGAAUUAGUUGAGUAUUUUGCAGCCUACAUAGCAUGUUUAUCUGUGAGUUGAUGGAAACUUGGGCCCAUGAUGGUUUGGAGAGUUAAUAUGGCUUAGGGUGGAAAGUUCACUUUCUUGAUACAACUCUUGAAUUCAGAUGUUUUGGAGUAGACGUGUCAAAGUUGGUUUAAUUCGUUAGGGUAAAUUAUGUCAAAUCCAUCCUUUUAGGCCUUAUAUCUUUGGACAGAGAUAAUUUUUCAGUUUUGUAUCUGUGGUAGGGUUGACACUAUGCAGUUUGGACCUGCACAGGGCCCUGUUCUGAAACUGAGGUUGAGAGGAACUAGCCCUCAGGAUGGCUAUUUUUAGUGGGGAUAGAUGAGAGAGAGAGAGAGGAAAUGCAUAGACUUGUAACAAAGGAUGAGGAAUUGCAACACUGCAUGGGCCGGGAUGCUGACCCCGGCUUCUUUUGAAGCUGAAUGACAGCCUACCUGAAUAGGGAUUUAGCACUCAUCAUGUCCUUUUCUCAUUGUUUUCAGUCAAUAAUCCAACUUUGCUAUUUUGACAACACAGCAUGUAAUUUUGGGUAUUUCGUAGCAUCGGAAGUGCUAGCCAGUAAUACCUGUGCAUAAAUUCUUCUGAAACACCUAGAGCUGGCUUUCCUAGAACUUGAUACUGGAGAAAAGAUGGCAUGUUACAGCAAAAUCCACAAAAUCAAUCCACUUUCACAAUAGGUUCACUGCUCAAAUUUUGUUCAUCUGUACAAAUCCAAGGGACAGGUCUGUUGAAAGAUACACAGGCCCAUCUGUUCAGUAGAUGUGAUAGAUUUUGUUAAUUUUAUUCAUAGCUGCAUACCCAGAUUUAAACUGUAAUUGAAAUUAAUGUUUUAACAAUUGCAUUCUGUAUAUAAAACUCAAAAGAAUAGAAUUAUUUGCCUUCUGUAUAAUAAAAAGGUUCAAAAAGG